AUGGUGAGAAGGAUAUCAAUGACAGCCUAUAGUGCCUAUAGUCGGGUAAAAGAGUUGGAUUUGGUGUGCUGCUUUGAUAAGGAUGAGUGCCUCGAACGAUUGCUUGACUCCUUUUCUGAGUACCUCCAUCAAUUUCUCGUGGAUUUUGGUGUUACUGCCCGGCUGUCUAUUCUGUAUUUGAAUCGACUGGUAGCUGACAUUCUGAGAAUGCUGCCUGAAAAAUCAAAAAAAGUUAGCUCUAGCAGAAAGAAAAAGACCAGUAAUUUUGGCAAAAACAAAAAGACCAGUGAUUCUGUCGAAGAUGAAGAAAGGAUCAGUCUUGCUGGCAUGAAGGGGUAUGCAGAAAGGUUUGUCUGUACGGUGUCCCAUGUACAGGAGCAACUUCUCACAUAUCUAGAGAGUUAUAUAGACUUCGUCUCCUAUGAGCUGAGAAGUGAGGUAGAAACUUUGUUUGGCAGUUACCUUCAGACAAGUGAAGAGAAAGCAAGAAUAUCAUCUGAACUGGAGUUGCAGAUGAGAACAGAUAAGUCAGCUCUUUUCGAUAUUCUGCUAAAAUUCAACACAAACCGAUUAGAUCUCCAGGAUGCUGUGCUGGGUGAAUGUACCAACCUCACACAAACCCUUACGGAUAAACACAAGGCCUUGAUCAUAAAGAUAGAUGAUCUAUCUUCGAUCAAGGACUGUUUUGACAGUGUGUGUCGGAGAAACUCUGAGCUAGAGAAAAAAAAUCCUCUCGAAGCUCAGCUUCUAAUCGGCACUCUCGAGGAACGAGGCUUGACACUGUGGAAGAUAACAAAGAAUUGUGUGGAGAAAGGGAAGGAUUUGGAGGGAAAGCUUGAAGAGGUUAAAGUAGUAGUCGCAGAACAACAUGAUGAUGAUCCUGAAUUGUCUCGCGCUAUCGAGAAGGCGGAAAACUCAUCGACAAGCCUCAUUGCAACCAUCAGUCGGCUAUAUGAAUACCAGAAGGAAUACCAAAAGCCAAAUCAAAAGAAGCGCCUGUGGAUCCGCCACUGA